AUGUUUACUAGCUUUUUCACUAUGCCUGGCAUUCUGGAUCAAACUCCUGCGCCUGAAUAUGGGCGCAGGUUAAUACCCAACAUCAUCGAUGAGCGAGCCGAGAGCGAUCCAACAAAAGCAUUUGCGUCUAUUCCGCGAUCCAAAAACCUCGCAGAUGGCUUCGUUGAUAUCACUUAUGCACUUGUUGCCAAUGCCAUCAACCGGGCAAGUUGGUGGCUUUCACGCUCGAUGGGCAAUACGGAAACAUCAGAGGUGUUUGCAUACUUGGGUCCCAAUGACUUGAGAUAUCCCAUUCUGUUAGUUGCGACAAUGAAAUGCGGCUAUCAAAUGAUGAUGCCAUCGCCUCGUAAUUCCGCAGAGUAUCAGCAAGAGCUCCUUCGUCGCGCCGGAUGUCAGACUCUUUUCUGUACCCGCGGUUUAAUGGCCAAGUUGUCACCAGUGGUAGAUGAUCUGGAUAUCUUCUGCAAAAUCGCACCUGAUUUGAACGAGCUACUCGAUCCCACGCCUGUGGCCCCGUUUCCUUUUGAGGCGACUUAUGAUGAGGUGAAGAAGAAUCCAUUUCUUAUCCUCCACACGUCCGGGUCAACUGGACCACCAAAGCCAAUUACUUUGACCUUUGAGUGCACUACGACAGAGGACACGCAUCGCCUUCUCGAUGACCCGGAGGGUCGACUGUGGUGGCGCCUGUUUGCAAACCGGCGAUACUUUAUGGGCAUGCCAUGCUACCAUUCUGCUGGCGUCUGGUUUUCGCUCUUCAAACCCGUCUAUUUCAACUCGACGGCGGUAUUUGCAUUAAGCGACAGGCCUCCCACAGCUGCUAUCGCCGAAGCUGUGCAUCGAACCGCUGAAGUCUCUGGUGGAAUAUACCCGCCCUCUCUUUUGGAAGAGAUUAGUCGAACAGAGUCUCUCAGCGGAGUCAAAGGCUUGGAAUUUGUAGCUUAUGGAGGGGGCCCUCUUUCAAAAUCAGCGGGAGAUCGGCUCUCUAGUAUCACCAUUCUUCACAAUUUCAUUGGCUUCACUGAGAAUAGCGCACCUCCGCGGUACGUUAUGGAGCCAGAAGAUUGGAAUUACUUUGAGUUUCAUCCGGCCUCGGGUUUUUUUCCGGAACAUCUGCACGACGACCUCUACAGGAUGUCCUUCAAGCGUCUUCCUGAAUAUGAGUUUGUUCAAACAGUAUUUCGGCUGUUCCCAGAGCUAGACAAGUAUACAUCUGGGGAUAUCUUGAGUCCACAUCCAACAAAGCCCAAUCUUUGGACAUAUGGCGGUCGCACUGACGAUCUUAUUGUGCUAUCGACAGGCGAGAAGUUCAACCCCAUUCCUGCUGAGCUGAUGCUCAAGGGCUGUUCAGUGGUUAAAGACACUCUUAUUGUUGGCGAUGGGCGAAGUCAAGCCGCACUACUUGUUGAGCGUGAUGCGGAGGCUACGGCCAGAAUGUCACACGAGGACGUUCUAAAUGAAUUAUGGCCGUUUGUCCAGAGGGUGAACUUGACGCUGCCUACUCAAGGAAGAUUGCUGAGGUCAAACAUCGUCUUUGCCUCUGCCGCAAAGGAGUUUUCACGUUCGCCAAAAGGCUCUGUGCAGCGCAAGGCUACUGUCGCAAAUUUUGAGUCUGAGCUUAACAGCAUCUAUGCAGGUGGCAGAUCGCUACCAACUGGCAAUGGUCAUAAUCAGUUGGCUAAGAAGCCGCAACCAAAUGGAAGCAGUCACGACCAAUUGACUGAGAAAACACUGUCAAAUGGAAACAAUCAAAACCAGUUGACGAAAAAAUCGAUGCCAAAGGGAGAAGGGCAUGACCAGUUACCCAAAGUCAACGGUUAUAGACAUCAGGCCAGGCUUGGGCUGACGAUUGGCCCUGUUGCGAAAUCUCCAGCCGAGUCAUCAAAUAGCGACACCAGCUCUGCAAUUACAACGCCAGUAUCUCCCAGAACAGUGAAACCGGCCACAGAGCUUGAUAUUGGCGAUACCACAACGGUUUCAGCUACGACCGUAUCUCGACAUGAAGAGCACUUUCUUGCCAAAGAAAACGUUGAUGAUGAGCAAAAGCCGACGACCGUGGUGAGCGAAUCGCAAGCUAUCAACUUUAUUCGCAAAGCUUUGGAAGCUAUAGGUGGCAUGCGCAGCAAAGAUAACAACGAUGACUUGUUCGAACUCGGACUUGACUCUGUAACGGCGCUGCAGUUGUCAAACGAGCUCCAAAAGAUAUCGCCACUAUGGCCACAGGAGAGAGAUACUGCUUUGCAGCUGGUUUAUGCAAAUUCAACUGUCAAAAGCCUGGCACAAGCUGUAAGCAGAUUGAGUAAACUCUCAGACAACGCGACGGACUCGUCUCACUCUUCAAAAACCGUCGAAACGGUCAAUGUCACUGGAGCUGUCGCUAAGCCGAAGAAACUCGAUGCUGUGGAAAGCCAAGCACCCGAUACCAUUGAGAGGCUAAUCCAAACAUACACGUCGAAUCUUGAAGAGAGUGCUCCAAAUCGAGAAAUCACCGUUGCUCUUACGGGCAGUACUGGAUCUGUGGGAAGCCAUCUACUGAGUCGCUUGAUGGCGGAGCCAAAUGUGACAAAAAUAUUUUGCCUAAAUCGUUCUACAGAUGGAGAGAAGGCUCAAAGGGCAGCAUGCGAGAAAAACGGCAUCAAAUGGACGCCAGGAAGCAAACCAGUUGAGUUUCUCACAGUCGAUCUGUCACAACCAAAUUUGGGACUCAAAGCAAAUCAGUACGCUGCUCUGCAGGAUGAAACCGAUAUCAUCAUUCAUAAUGCUUGGAAACUUGACUUUCUACACACUGUCAACCAUUUUGAGAAGACUCAUAUCGCAGGAGUUCGGCAUUUAAUUGACCUUUCUGCACACUCUGAGCGUCGACCACGCAUACUUUUCAUUUCUUCUAUCGCCAGUGUCCUCGGUUGGAAGGAGAGUCGGAAAGUGCCAGAAGAGAUUAUCUUUUCUGAUUCGGUUACCGCUAACAAUGGCUAUGCUCAAUCCAAGCACAUAGCUGAAAGAAUUCUUUAUGAGGCUUCACAAACUGUUGGCAUUCAGGUCACAGUCGUACGACUUGGUCAAAUCGCAGGACCUACGAGUGCUGGAGUUGGGAAAUGGAACUCGCUUGACUGGGUGCCUCAGAUUAUAUACACGUCUAAAUCGCUUGGAGCCGUACCAAAGACUCUGGGCAUGGCUGAUGACGUUGACUGGGUUCCGAUUGAUCAACUGCCUGGUAUUCUGGUAGAUUUGAUCCAUCAUGAUCUGAAAAAGCCUGAGAGGUUUCAAAUCUACCACGCUGCAAAUCCUAACCCAGUGUCAUGGGGAUCUCUGCUUCCGGCGAUAUGCCACCGUCUUGGUGCUGACGUGCAAUUAGUUAGUUACCAGCAAUGGCUAACAACGCUUCGCAAUAAGUCUGGGCACGCUGAAGAUGUGAAAGAAUUCCCAGCGCUUCGCCUUAUGGGCUGGUUGCGGCAAUUGGAUGCCCCUAUGGGCGUCAAGUUACCAAGUCUUUCUACGGAGAUUAUAGCCCAAUCUUCAAGCACCUUUUCUACUCUGGAAUCAGUUUGUGGUAUGUGGAUGGAGAAUUGGAUGGAGACUUGGGGACUUUGA